GGCGGGGCCCGGGGACCGCACCGCCGCAGCCGCCUGCUCGCCACUCGCCGCCGCCGCCGGAGAGGCCGGUGACCUCCUGGCCGCCCGCCCGCCCGCCCGCCGCUGAGCUCCGAUGGCUCAGGCCAAGAUCAACGCCAAGGCCAACGAGGGCCGCUUCUGCCGCUCCUCCUCCAUGGCCGACCGCUCCAGCCGCCUGCUGGAGAGCCUGGACCAGCUGGAGCUCAGGGUGGAAGCUUUAAGAGAAGCUGCAACUGCCAUUGAGCAAGAGAGAGAAAUCCUCCUGGAAAUGAUCCACAGUAUCCAGAACAGCCAGGACAUGAGGCAGAUCAGCGAUGGAGAAAGAGAAGAAUUAAAUCUGACCGCAAACCGUCUGAUGGGACGAACCCUCACUGUGGAAGUUUCCGUGGAAACCAUUAGAAACCCCCAGCAGCAGGAAUCCCUGAAGCACGCCACCAGGAUUAUCGAUGAAGUGGUCAGUAAGUUUCUGAAUGAUUUGGGAAAUGCCAAGAGUCACUUGAUGUCGCUGUACGGUGCGUGUUCGUCUGAGGUGCCGCCUGGGCCAAUUGAUCAGAAGUUUCAAUCCAUAGUCAUUGGCUGUGCCCUUGAGGAUCAGAAGAAAAUUAAGAGACGCUUGGAGACUCUGCUUAGAAAUAUUGAAAGCUCCGACAAGGCCAUCAAGCUGCUAGAGCAUUCUAAAGGACCGGGCUCCGUAGCUCUGCAGCAGAAUGCCGACAGCAGAUUCAAUUAGUUUCCAAACCGGAGAGCAACGCUGUGCAAAGGAUGACAUGCUAUCUUAAGUGAUAACUACUUCUUUGUUAGGCAUAACCACUCAUUUGAUAAAGAUGAAAAUAUUCCGGUGUCAAUCAGUUUUAUGAAUAACAAUUAAAAGUAGAAAUAUUUUAAUUAUCUUCCUGUAAGUUUUUAGAUUGAAUUGUCUUCUAGGAACUAGCACCCAACAUAAAUAUAUAUGUAUUUUUUACUGUUCUGCGGAUCAAUGCUUCGUAUGUGGGGGAAGUACGUGCUCAGCUAUGGGUAAAAAUCACUGUUCUUACAGUGGCUUUGUCUGGUGUGGAGACACAGGGGCAUGUGUGGCAUUUGGUUGACUAGAAAGCUUUAUCAACAGCACAUGCACAUUUCCUGUUAGCCAUGCAGUGUGAUUACAGGGAUAAAAGGAAUCACACAGUAAGAACCUUUCCCUGCAUUCUCUCAUUCAGUAGUGUUUUUAGAUAUGCAUGUCAAAUUAUUUUGAACUUAAAGAUUUACACAUCUCAUAAUAGGAAUACAUUUCUUGAUAUUCAUGAAAAUAUGGCAAAUGAGAAAAUUCACAUCUGAUUUUACCACUGUGAACAAUUAUAUAUUUACUUCAUCUUUUCCACAUGGAUCAUUUCUCUAAAAUGUUAAUUACUAUGUAAAUACAAUGUUGUAACUUGCUUUUAAAAAUAAUUAAAUGCUGCUAUAAAGUCCACUUAAAUUGUCAGCUUAAAAACCGACUUACCCAGUCCCCUUACUAGACACUUGUUUACAGUUUGUUGCCAUUACUACAUAGAGCUUUUCCAUUCUUCUUGUUUUUUCUUUUGUUUUUAUCAAUUUUUAGCAGUGAGUGAAAGGUUAUAUACAAUUCAUGGCCUGACAUAAUUCCAGUUGUUUUUCUUUGUCUAAGAGUUAUCAAUUUAUACUGUCUUCAAUAAUUAAAAUGUAGCUAUUUCACUGAGCUUUCCAGCAUUAAGCAUUUUUCUAACAUUAGAUAUGAAACAUCUUUAGUUUGCAUUUUUUUUACUAACAAAGUUGACUAGUAUAUUAUUUUUAUCUGUAACAAAUGAAGCAACUAUAGAAAACUUUUAUUUAUUACUAGUGUUAUUGACAUACAAAGCCCUCAACUUUCCCAAAUGCUAAUGCAAAACAUAUAUUUCAAACUCGAUUUUUAUUGGAGCAUAAGUAUUCUUUCACACUGGGAAAAAAGUUAAGAUCCAGAUAUUUAUGUCAGUGUAUGUGUGUGUGUGUGUAUAUGUGUAUAUAUAUAUAUAUAUAUAUAUAUCAAUUAAAACAAUUCUGAGCUUUGUUUUCUGGACAAAAAUGCCCAAUUAGUCUCUCCAUAAAAAGCAAUUACAAUUUAAGGAUAUUCAUGGCUGUGUUGAUUGCCAGCCCCAAGUCCUCAUUUAAAUCUUUCCAUUUCAUGGGGAACAUUCAUUCUCACUGAUAAUGGUGGCAGACUCUUGAUUUGCUAGCAGAUUCUAAUUUGCUGUUAUAGGUUCACUGUCAGAUAAAGAUUUUCUUUUUGUGCCAUCUGUUUAUCAGCUUUUUGAAAAUUAAGAAACAGACGAUCAAGUUUUCCUCAAGUUCUCAAGGACUGUCAGCAUCUGUACAUCCCAUCUAUUUGGGGAAAUAAGUACUCCCCCUUUCCACUGACUCCUCGUCAACCCGGGACUGGACCACAAACUGCCAGCGCAGUUUCUAUCUCAUUCUUUACAAUGAAGUUUAUUGGAGGGUAUUCCUUGUCACAGACUCAGAGCUGUGAUCUGCUGUCUCCAAGCUGUGUCCGUCCCUGGUCCGCUGGCCUCCAGCCUGAGCCAUGUUCAAAGGGCAAUGACCUCAGUGGAUUCUUAUUUAUUUUUAAGAAUGGAAGUGUGACUUAUUUUCAAAUGAUGAAACUCCGAAGUGUCACAACUCUACCUUUAUUUAAACUGUCUUCUUUUAUGUAGGUAGUAGAUUUGGACUGUAAGGGAAUUCCUACUAUGUUUUGUCUAUGUCGAUAUAUUCCCUAACGGCUGUAAUUGGGAUCGGCUGUAAUUUCUAGAAUGUAAUGUACAAUUUCAGGGCAGCCCUUUGCUAUCCCUCAUGAGCACUGCUUCCCAGUGGUGUUCCCAAGCCCACCCUAGCUCCUAGGUGUGAGCCCGCAGGACCUGCAGAGGAGCUGACAAGGGCUGUCAGUGCUGCCCAGGUAGAAAUCUGGCAGGUAGAGAAUUGACCCUCCUGAUAUUUUAAUGUAGGGAUCCCUGACAUUGACAAAAAUCCCUGGAUGUGAACUGUUGGCCUCCAGCUCUGUUCCCCUCCCAGAACCAGUAUUGCAUCCCCCAUGGUUUGCUGCUGUUGACUAAUGAGUUUGCCGACCAUGCUCUAGGCCAGCGGUCGUCAACUGGUGGUCCGCAGACCACUGGCGGUCCAUAAGGUUGGCGACCGCUGCUCUAGGUACCUGUAUUCUGUAUGGUGGGUCCUCCUUUUAAUUUAAUGAAACAUUAGCCAAUGAGACUUUCUGCAGAGGGACAGAGUGCAGGCAGGCAGGGCCUUUAGUCUAGUACCCUGACUCAGAACUCACCCUAACCAAGGGAUCAACCCUGUUUGAUAUUUUAAAACUGGAAAGCAUGAAAGAAUUUAGCAACCAUUGAAAGAAGCAGAGUAAAGAUCUGGCUCACCAAAUUAUAUGCAAUAAUUUUUAACUAGGAAAUAUCCGUGCAUCUGUCCCUUUCACAUGGCUGUGAUAAACACUCAUAUUUUUGGAGUGCAUCCACAUGAUAAUGGUAUUUUUGAAAGAUGGAUUUUACAAUUAUUCAAAAACAAUAAUGGAAAGUCAGAGCUGAAUAGGCAAGACAAGGACAGCAGUGAGCUUGAACUUUUUGCCUGUCUAACUCAUACAACAAGCAAGCCAAAUGAAAUGCACCUUCCUCUUAGGGACACAACCACAUUCUUAAGUUUUCAACAUGAAACUAAGGGUAGACAGCUUGAAUUGGACCACACACAUCUUUCAAUUACCCACCUCAAACCACUAAAUAGUGUAGCAAAUAUGCCUCUUUUGCAUGUAGUGGGCAUUCAGAUCACUUUGGCAGUCACAUGUUUGGUGAGAAGCCAAUUUCAGUAUCUAGUCCAACGUUAAUAUGCCAUAUUCCAGGGUGACCAGAACAGGUUAAAUUAGGCACAGAUUCUGCAGGAAAUUUGACAAAGGAAUCAGAAAAGCCUGAAAAACCUGGGCUUGGACUUAGGAUUCGGAUCCAGGGAAUAUUAUGUCCCAAAUGUAACCGUCAGAUCUUAGGUCUGAAGACAAUACUAGACCUGAGACGACAACGCAGAGGCCAUAAGCUUUGCUGCUGGGAGACCUGGCACAGGCCUCCCACCCUCUCUUACUGCAGAGGGCCCCAGGCACAUCCCUGUCCUCCCCAGCUGUAAAGUGGGGUGAGAAUGCGCCUGUUAGGAACUUCAGGAGAUACAGCAUGCAAGGUACCUAGCAUAGUAGCUAACAGAAAGCACUUGUUAUAUAAAUUAGAACUAUAUUUUGUACCACAGAACAAAGUAAAUAUAUUUUUUGGCUUGGGGGAGGGGCUGGUGAGAGAUGCUCAAAGCACAGGAAAAUAACUUUAAACAGACUGAUACUAAUAGAAAUAGAAAAAAAAACUUAAGUUUCAAAGGAAAAAUUGCUUUGAAACUAAGUUUCAAAAAACCACAGUGCUACUCAAUUGCAUUAAAUAUCUACUAUCAAUAAAAUGAGUAUGCUAAAUAUUGGCAGAGUAUUUGAAAUAUGAAAUAUUCUUAAGUUGUUUUGCUUUUUAAAGAAGUCAUACCUUUUAUAUUUGGUUCCACACUGGUGAUACAUAUCACACAAAAUUCAAGCGUUGAAAUGCAUUUAUUUCUUUAAUUAUUGGAAUUAAUCUUUCAUGAAAUUUUUAUUAAGUAGUAUAUUUUAAAUUAAGCUCAUACGCAUAAUUGCAACCCAAUAGCAAUACAAACAAGUGAUUUUUCAUUCAGAUUUACAAAUUUAGUAGUAACAAAAUAUAGAAGGGGUUGAGAUUUCCUUUUAAUCCAAAGUUUUUAUUUUUAAGACCAUCUACGAGCAUCUAACUAUAGAUAUUUAGGAGAAGAAAAGGUAUACGAAUAAAAGUUAUUAUAGCAAAUCCAUCCAGUUACCUGGGAAUUAGGUAACUGGGUAUUUUAGAGUCCACCGUGGUUUUAAAUGGUUUCUGUUAGCAAACAAAUUCACUAGUAAGAUAAGCUUACAUGUUUUAGGUUGAAAACUUAAAGCAUGAGAACAGUACACAUGAUAUUGGUGAUCGUAACUAAUAGUUAAAACUGAAUAAAUAAAUAAAAAAACUGAAUAAAUCUACCUGUUCAUUAGAUUGUGCAGUGUGGGAACUUUUUAUAGUUCACUUUGUCUUCAGAGAAACAGAUUAUUUAGUAAUGGGAGCACUUCAGCAAAUUACCAGUUAACUAUUUCAGAGGUUUUGAAAGGAUGCUCUCAAUAUUUUACAUUAAAAUAGUUCACUAUAAGUUGGGACAUUAGGUCCUGAAGCCAACUACUCCUUCUGAGAUCUUCAGAAUGGACUCCAAUCCCUGAGUCACAGGCUCAGUGGGUGCAAUGAUGAGCGUUUUUUCUGCACUGAGUUGCCAACUUCUGAAACAAGCAUCUAACUCCACAGGGAGAAAAGGUGUUCACUCUCUUUUUGCAGUGUCACUUGUACUUUAUUUUUAAAAAGUAUAUGUGGGUUAUCAACUUUGGGCAGGUGAAAAGAAAACCUUUAGCCUGGUUUUAUUUAACUAUAUUGCCUUAUCUGUGCUAUUCUGUGUGCUACUUAAUUCAAUAGGCAACUGAAGGAGGGAAAGGAAACCUCAGGAACUUUAAAAUGUGGCAGUUGCUACAGAGCUAUAUGUCUGAAUGCUAAAAAUUAGCCAUUAUGUAAAAAUUACAUUAGAGCACAAAUGUACAACCUCCUAGAGGCUUACACAAGUUUUCUUUAGCAACCAUGGUUCGUUAGAAACUAAGAGUAAAGUUAUUUAAAAGAAUUAAAGGUCUUCGGGGGGGGGGGGGGGGAUUAAUGUUAAUUUAAGUUUUAGAAUUAAUUAAAUUGAGAACUUAUAAUGAUUAUGGUUAAAUUUAGAAUACAGAAGUGCAAAUUAAAAACUCAAAUGUGCAACAAAGAUUUCUCUUCGGUUCUUGAAAAAAAGAAAGACAAAACUAAGUACAUAAAAUUAUAUUACAAAUAUCAGGGGAACUGCAACCAUCAGAGAUUACACUUUUUUAUAUGGAACAGUAACAACACAUUUAAUUAACAUGAAAUACAACUACAACAUAUUACAUAAUGUGAUUUUUCUGUACUAAAAACCGUAAGACUAUUUGAUGCAAAAUAUAUUUUGUGCAAAAAUUAGAGACUAUAUUUCAAGAGAGCAGAAAAGAAAAGGUGAAUCACUAGCAGGUAUCCAUUGAUAGGAGCUGAUUUUUUCCCAACACCUAUCCCACUGCCAGCAAGGGGAGUGAUGACAACUGGUGACAUAAAAAUAAACAUAUUACUUUGAAAUACGUAAUGUCAGAUUAUUUCAGUAUUCCGAAAA